AUGAAAGCACUCCAUAUUUACUACUUAUUAGCAUAAAUAUUAGUUUUCAAAAUCUUUAUUUAAUGCUAAUCAUUAUCUACAGAUAUUCUUAGUUUAGAUUAAGUGUAUCAAAUCAAUCAGAGUCAAACUAUUCGGAAUUUUAAAAUAGAUUUCAAAUCAAAUAAUUAGAAAUAGUUAUCCUAUUUAAUCAUCUCAAUAACAAUAUCUUCAAUUUAAUAUUCAGCUUCAUAGUUUGUUGCUUGCCUCAAUUUUAAUUAAAGCGCUUUAGAUUAACCGUCGUAUGUCAUAUCAGGUAAUUAUUCAUGUCAAUAUUCUGACAAUUUAGCAACUUAAUAAUAAUUAUCUUAACAUCUUUUAAUUUUGGAGAAUAAUGAUACUAAAAUUUAUUCUACUUUUCCUUUUUUGACAGUUUUUUAUCAAAGCUAGCCAAGCGAAACAACAUCUUAUUCAUAAUAGCUCAAUUUCCCUGUUUCUUAUUCUGUUGUCAUCUUUUAUUAAAACUAUUAUCCAUGUCAUAGCGAAUGCAACUAACAUGGAUUGUGUGAUGAACAAACUGGUAUUUGCUCAUGCUAUUAAUAAUUUUAUGGCUCAAAUUGUAGUAUACAGCCAAAAUCACUAACCUUAGACUAAAUUUAAGAACUAACGUUGAGUCCAUCUUUAAUAAAUUACUACAUGAUCAAUUUAGAAAUAAUAAUAGAUAAAACUUAAGAUAGUCAAGCUUCAAUUUGCAUCACUAAAAAUAAUGGGAAAGCAGAAAUAUAUAUUGAUUUUAAUAUUAAUAUAAAUUAAUUACCAUUAAUGCAAGAAAAUAACAAUAAAAUGAUUCUUAAAAAUAAUUAUGAGUUAAAUAUUUAGCAAAUAUGUCAACAAUACUAACAUUAAAAUACCUCCAAUUUUAGCAAUAAUAAUAUGUGCCUUAUGAUUUUAGGAAUUAGAUAAUCAAUAAGCAAUAAUCCUUCAUAAAUUACUAUCUAAUUAUGCAAUUAGUAAUAAAUUAUUGAUUAAUAAGCUAUGCCUUCGAAAUUUAAUAUAACAUAACUUAUAAUAAUAGUUAUUAUUUCUUUAGUAUGUGGGUUGAUUCUAUUACUUUUUAUUUAUUUUUUCACUAAAAAAUAUAUUAGAAGAAGAAGAGCCUAAAUGUAAUAAGAUAGUAAUAAUAAUCAAAUUUAACAAAUAUAAAAUCAAGCUGUUUUAAAUCGCUAAUUUCAAUAAGAUUAAAUUUAAGCUAAUAAGCUUACUUUAUAUUAAUAUUUUAUGCCUUUAAUUUAGUUUGAAAAUAAUAACUAAUUACCUAGAAAGCAAGAUAUUGUUCAAAUGAAUAAAUAGUAAAGUCAAGAAUAAUAAGAAAUGCUCUAAAUUUAAAAUAUUGAGUUUAAUGUAGCUUCACCUAAAGGAAAUAUCGAAAAAAUUGAAUUAGAUCAAUAAAAAAAUGAAAAUAUAAAUAAUUAAGGAGAUACUACUCUGAGUGAAACUCAUACUUGCUCAAUUUGUUUAAUUGAACUUCAAAAACAACAUGAUCUCAGGUUAACUAUUUGCAAGCAUGCUUUUCAUUCAGAGUGUCUGAUGGCUUGGAUCAGAAAAAAUGAGAAUUGUCCCCUCUGCAGAUAAAGCUUCAAAAUAGCAGACAUAAUUGAUUAUAUUGUUGUUUAAAAAUUAAAUUAAAAUCUAAAAGAUUAAGAUUAAAAUGAGAUUUUAAAAUAAAAAUAAAAAAUUCAAGACAUAAUUUCUGAUAAAAAAAAUGAUUUAAAUUCAUUUUCUUAAUAAGAUUUUAUAAAUGUUUUUUAUUUUUUCUUACCACUUUAGAGUUUAAAAUAAAAUUAGUUUAGCUUAUUAAAAGAUGAAAAGAACAUAAAUAAAAUGACAUAGAUAUUAAAGCUUGACUCUUAAUAAGAUAUUUUUUAUGAUGCAACAAGUAAGUAAAUUAUAAAAAUAUUUUCAUUUAAAUACUUUUUAAUAAUAGAAAUAACAUCUGAGUCAUAGUCUCCUGUUUCUUUGUUAACCAAUUAAUUCAAUAAUAAGUCUUUCUUAUAAAAAUAUGAUAAAAUUUUAAAAGACGAAAAAUCUAAUUAGGAUGAUAUUAAAAUAAAUAAAUAAAAUUAAAGUUAAAAUUAAUAAAUUUAAAUAAAAUGA